AUGACAUCUCUCCAUACGCAUGGCCAACCGUCUGGUACUUUCAAUACCCUGCAGUUCAUUGUGUCGGACAACAUCCACAAAGAGGAUCUAUCUACACGGAAAUUAAUCAGGAGCCAUGUCAUGAGAGGCAAGAGGGCUGCCAAGAGUCCAACCAAGAUAAACACACGGUCUGCUACCCCUGGGCCGAAAAGCAGUAUCAAAUCACCGUACAUCAAACUCGGCGAUGUAGUUGAUUUGUACAUUCCCGUCCCUGGCCGAGUUGGUUCGGACUUUUCCCUUGGCGCCGCCGGAGUCGAGUCCCACGUACUCUUCAACAUAACAAAAAUAUCGACUGUCGCAAUGAGAGUGAUAUUCCCCCUCCUCACAGCUAUAGGAUUCCAGUUCGACACACGAGAGUGGCUGCAUCGCGUAACUGUCGACCCUGCCGCUCUACACAUAUCAGCAUAUGCUAUUGAAACCUUCAAAAGUAGAGUCUUGCGUCGCGAACAGGAACUUCAAGAUCCUUCACCGAUGGUCCAUUUUCAAAAGGGAAUUGAACUUCUACAAGAGCGAUUGCAAGGGGACGACAAUGCCUCAAAGAUCUCGGAUGGAACGAUCGCCACAGUGGUGAAGUUAGCUGGUGCUGCGCACUUCGAUGGCGAUUACGAGACUGCAAGGAAGCACAUGCAAGGUUUGCGGAGGAUGGUCGACUUGAGGGGUGGUAUGGAUGCUUUUAAGGGGGACUGGAUUCUUGUCGAGCUGACCAGGUGUGAUCUGGGGAUUGCGUUGCUGAAUGGUGUUGAUGCGCUGUUCUAUUGUCGUCCGGAUGAAGUAGCUCCUGAAUAUCCUCCCAUGCUGCUAGCCGCUGCUGGUAGCAAAACGAUAUAUGGAGGUCAGCUCUGCACCGACAUGGACUUGGCAACCGCAUGGCAGGCUAUGAGAUCGUUCUGCUUGCAAGUCAAUAUCGGCACGCAGACCCAGAGAUUCGUGCAUCCAGAUAUCAUAUAUGACACAAUGACGGCUGUUAUGUAUCGGCUGCUUCAUAUGGCAUUCCCGCCUGGCUCGUUGAAUGAGGUCGUUCGACAAGGGCUCUUGGCGUUCUCGUAUCAUAUCUUUUUGCAGUGGCAGGAUAUAAGACCUCCGUACGAGCCUUUCCGACAGGAUUACAAGAAUUGCAUUCGCACAUUUCGUCCUGGCGAUGAAGAGUCGUCACGGCUUAUGCUCUGGCUCAUACUGGUUGGAGCAAUUUCUGUGUUUGACGUGUCUGAUGAAGCGUGGCUGAGGGAUCUGCUGAGGGAGGAAGAGCGUAUAUGGGUCACUCUCCUUGAGGGCUAA